AUGUCUGCUCCAGUCGCUGCCGACGAGCAGCUGUGCAGCGCCUCGGCUUUUUGGGAUCGUAGCCCGUUCCAAAGCGACGAUGAUGACGAAGAUCACAGUAGUGACGACAAAAGCGGUGAGACUGAUGAUGCCAUCAGCAUGAAGAUGGUGACCAUCAGCAUGAAGAUGGUGAUUGGCGACGUCCUGGCGGCGUUCACCACCAUCAUCUCCACUGCCAGCACCUUACCUCCCGAGGUUGUGGAGAAGCUUCAAGAGGCACAGGACCCCCAGAUGCAGCGCUUCCUCGACCGCUCAAAGCGCUGCACUCAAGGCAUCUGCGACUUUGGAUCCGACGAUGAGAGCGAUGCUCCUCCCAAGGAGGCUCUGGAAUGGUGCCCAGAACUUCUUCAGUGGCUGCACCGCGAGAAGCACUACGGUCCGGAGGGCUACCACGUGAUUUGCUUGGCUCCGUCUGAGAAGGGCGCCAAGCGCAGCGGCUGGCUCUUCGCCAAUGCGUCGACCGCGGGCGCACGAGAGAUUCUAGCUCCCAGGCCCUGGGCUUCCUUCCGAAACAGCUUCCAGCGCUGGCUUCGGCCCAGCAGCAGGUGGGAGUUGCAUCCCUGGCAGCUCUUCGACACGGACGGUCACCCCGUGCAAACUGCAGAGGCAGCCAGCCGAUCUUCACUGCUGCUCCUGUUCGAGGGAGGUGAGUUUCAGUAUCCUGCCGUGCACCUGGGCUUCCGGCGCCGCGUCGCCUUGGGUGCAGGGCUGCCGGCGCCGGAGCUCCGCACCCUCUCACUGAGACCAGUGGUCUUUUCUGUGGAGGGCUUUGCAGACGGAUCAGAGAGGCGAGCUUUGAAGAAGCUGGCGAAGCCUUUGUUGAAGAAGAGUGAGGUACGGCAGUUUGACAACCACCCAGCAGAUGGCGAUCAGAGCUUUCGCUCUUCAUGGUCUGCUUUCCUGCCGGCUGAGGACCCGCUGGUGAGCUUGAUCAUGAACCGAAGCCAACUGCUGACGAAGGUCGCCGGGCGGGUCGAGAACUUACAAGUGAUGAGGUACCGCCCUGGCCAGCAGUACCAAGCUCACUGGGACUUCUUCGACCCCGAGUACUUCAAGAAGCAGCCCGAGGUCCUUGGACGCCUCACUCAUCGUCGAAAUCGGCUGUUGACCAUGCUGUUCUACCUGGCCAGCAGUGCAGAAGGCGGGCAGACGGCCUUUCCCAUGGCUUACGGUGCGCCGCGGCCCGUGGACCCUGAGGACUGCAGCUCCUGGCUUCAGGUGCCGGCGAAGCAAGGCAAGGCUGUGUUGUUCUACAAUUUGCAUGCAGACGGCCGGCUGGAUCGCUCCUCCAACCAUGCAGGCUGCAAGGUCCACGCCGGAGAGAAGUGGUCCGCCAACAUUUGGGCAUGGAAUUCGAAGAAUCAAGAGAUCAUGGAUCCAGAUCUGGAUGAUGAACUGUGA